ACGGCACUUGACAGCCUGGAGUUGUCAAAUAUUUCAAUAUAUUAGCUCCUUCAUUCGCCAAAUUUGGCCGUUUCUGCUGUUUUCAAGCUUCAAUCGUUUCUCGAAUCUUUUCCUUGUCUUUGCAUCCAGGUUGUAUGUGGGGAUAGGACUUAACCACGGUGACUCAGAAAACCAACAUGACUCUGUGAGAGUGAACUCGGCGUGUCCGUGACAGGGGAGCAAAACCAAGCAAUCUGUUGAGAUUGUAACGGUUAGAAAACAUCCACUCACCAAGCGUAUUACUGGAGGUUAUCCGCCAGUAAUCCAAGGUGUUCUUGACUGCUCCGCCAAGAAGGCACUCGUUGACAACCUCCUCUUGAGAAACGGCACACUUCUCCUGGACUUCACGUUCUGGUUUAUGGUGAUUAAUCUUUACAUCAGCCGUUCACAGGGUCACUGAAUCUCUUCAUUGUGCUUUCAUCAUUUCUGUCACACCCUCAAGAGAUUGAUGUUUUUUAGUAUUCCAGGGAAAGUGUGGCAGAAAGACAAUAUGGGAUCCGACGACUUGGAAUAUGGAAGCCGUGACUACAUUUUUUUCACCAACGAAACAAGCCACGAAAACCCUAUUCACCUAGCCAGUGUUAUUGUUCCCAUUGCUUUAGCCCUAAUCACCAUUCUUGCCCUGCUGGGAAACUCCAUGGUCAUCAUCAUUGUCUUGCGCUACCGCAACAUGCGUAGCAGUGUUACCAACUUCUACAUUAUGAACUUAGCCGUGAGUGAUAUUGUCUUUGUUGUGGUCUGUGCUCCCCUGACAUCGGUCCAAUUCGCCACUGUCCAAUGGCACUUCGGUGAAUUCUUCUGCAAACUUAACGCCUACGUUCAAUGUGUGUCUGUUCAGGCUACAUGCACCACACUCGCCGCCAUGACGGUCGAUAGGUAUUACGUCAUUAUGUGUCCACUGGCUUCGAGGCGCACGCGCACCAUAUUCAGGGCAGGAAUGAUCUGCACUUCAAUUUGGAUAUUUUCCGCUCUUGUCCACGCUCCGAUGGCCUUCUUCUUCGUUAUCGAAGAAUACUGGUACUUAGGCCAGUUACGGGACUAUUGCCUGAUAAGUCUGGAAAAAAAUAGUAUCAUCGGAUACUAUUUGUUUCUCAGCAUGUCAACAUUCGUCAUACCUCUUCUCAUUAUAGCUGUGUGUUACAUCCGUAUACUGUCACAUUUGUGGAAUCUAAGCCGGGUAAGUAGGCUCAGGGCGCCCGCAACGACGGCUGCAUACGAUCCUUUGUCUCAGAACCCUCGUUCUACCACCCUCCCCCCUGCACAGAGCUCAGCACGCACCGCCAGCAAAACUUGGAAGACAACAAGAAUCAUCCUGAGUGUUGUCAUGCUUUUCGCCGUUUGCUGGGCACCAAAGCAAGCUGUGAAUGUGUGGACCGCCUUCCACGAAAGCGCUGACACAUCAGAACAAUUAUUAAGCGUCAACGCGAUCACUUUGUGUCUGAUUUACGCCAAUUCAUGCAUAAACCCAUUUGUGUAUGCUCUAGCAGGCGCCAACUAUCGACACCAUCUGAGACAGAUGCUAUUUGGGAACCAAAAGAGAGGGCGCUCUCUCGACAGCCGUUUCUCGCCAACCGGUGGUGCUAACUCCUCUUACAGGUCAGUGCGUCGGCUGUCCCGAACUGAGGCAACUUCUGUGAGUACCUGCGUUUGAAGAAAAAGUGAGUUGCAGAGCGAAACUCAUUCGACUUCAUGACAUAUUUCGGGAAACUGGUAAUCUGCUAAGUAUUACAUUGCCGACAGCAUAUCUUUACUAGUCUGCAGUCUCAAUACUUUGGAUAUGCGCUGACGCCAUUUGGCUAUAGUAAUUCUCCAGUUCCUUCCUCAGAUCCCGCACAAGCAGACAAAUAUAACAAAAAAUAAAGAGAAGUAUAAGUUUGCAAAAAGACGUUUUAAAAAUUUUGCACGACAACUGUUUACAGCAUCCCCUGAGACUAAAGCUUAAGAGAAGCUGUUUUGCUGAAAUUGAAGUGAAACUGAAGAUUAUAAUCGAAAAAGACUUGAGAUAUUUAUAAGUACACAGUGACGACAUAUCUGUCUUUUCAGCCAAGAAUUAAAUCUGUAAUUUGGGUCCAUUAAGAACAGAAGGAAUGAAAAAAAAAUGAGUUUGGUUUUGUUUAGGUGUUUAUUCCAAGAAGAACAUUUGGGAAAUGUACUGUUUGCUGGACCAUUUCACUUAGACGAUUUUACCACCAUUGAUUUGUAGUUGUGCGCGUGGGUGAAGCUUUUAUGCUAGCUUUACAUAUCUCGCGUGUGAACAAAGAAGGUCCACAUAAUUCAGGUUGUGUUAAACUUGUGUGGACUAACUCAGGUCCACACAAUUUUUACAACGAAAACUAGGGAACUUCCAGCUUAGGUAAGUAAUGUAAACUGUGUAUAUGUAGUGGUUUAGGCCUUCCCUGUGUUAAGGGGACAAUUUCUUUUAAGUUGAAACCGCAUUUUUGAGACAAAAAUUUGUCCUCAAAAGGUUUUUGAUCCCUUUGAUGACGUCUACAUUCCAAUUUUUUUCCAUAAGUAUGGGUGUGUGGGUAGGUGGGUGUGGUUGUGUGGUUAUGUAAGUGUAUGUGAAUAUGUAUUAGUUCCAAAGGCUCUAUGCUUACAGUAAACUUGAAUUGAAAUGUUCAUACCAGUCUUUAUUAGUAGUAAUAAAAAUUAUCUUGUAAUGUAGAUAAAGGCUUUUACUUAAGCGUGUGGUAAAAUACAUCCAAAAAUCGAAUUUUCUGAAUUGCAAUCAUAAUACGCACCUCAGAAUUGUGCAUGUAAGGUAGUAGCUAAAAGUGGAGUGGCAUCUUGUAUAUGUAUCUUGUGUGUAUCUUGCUUGCAUACAUGUAUGUAUGAAAUAAGAGCGACUUGUUUAUUGCCGUGUAUAAACCGAUAUCCCUAAACUGCUGUGGUAUAGAUAGUGUUUCCCAUUCACCAUGUAUGGAUUUUUCUCACUAGCCCUUUAUUUCUAUAGUUUAUUUACGCAUUUGAAUUGUGUAAAAUAGGUGGUAAUUUUAAUAAAGAGACAUCAAGGGAAAACUCAAACAUAUUUCAAAAAAAUCUAAUCUAUUCGGCACAUACGAUAAAGAGAUCUUGUUUUCCAAUUUGGCAGUAUUUUUUGCAUUCCGAAAGCCUCACAUGAAGGGGAAAAAACCCGUGUGCAAACUUACCAUAAGGCUCAUGAGGCUGUGCUUGAAUCAAAAUGGCUACAUGUAUUGACAUGGCUACAGCCGUUGGAAAGGCAGCCAUAUUGAAGCCUAGUCAGAAACACUUGGUUAUGGACGUGACUACAGUCAAGAAUACACUAAUUUCAAGCCAAAGGAAAAGUGCCUAGCUUUGCAGUCGAGGUGCAGGAUUUUAAAAAAAAAUUAAAUAAGGCAGCUAAAAGUAAGAUUGAAACAAAAAACAAACUGGAAGUAAGAAUAAAAAGGCGCACAAAAGUAAAUGUUUCUGAACAAAAUUAACAGUCUUGGUCUGUUGAUGUUAUGGCAUAUACCUCCACCUGCAGAAGCAAGGUAAAAGUCAAGAACUGAGCAUCAAAGGGAGUGAAGCUUCACACAUUUUGGUGUCACCUAAUAUUUUUCUGCAGCGUUAGCAUGGUUUGAACUAAUUAUUCCCUACAUGUUAAAUUUUGGGGUCUUUUAGGCUUAUGUCUAGUGAUGCCGCCACCCCUUGUUAGCAUUGUGAGCUUCCUUAUGAAAAUAAACAGGGAAGUAAAGGGUCAAGAUUUGAAGCUCCAUAGGAAGCAUAUAAGGGUCAUUACAUAUCAGACCAACACACUUUCUGACGUUGGGCCUUCAGAUUAUGAUAAAAAUUGCUGUGCUUGUAGACAUUAAUGAAUAAUAAAUACUUUUAAGUACUUAUAAAUAAUUUUAAGCGGAAUCCGCCCUUCCAUGUGGUCAGGACAGAGAUCAACAAAAUGGACAGUUUCACUUAAAAAUCCACCCUUUUAGUAAAAAGGAUACAUAACCAUCUCAGUUUUUAUUGAAUAUAUGCAAAUGUGGUAUCAA